UCCCCCGGGGUCCUGGAGCGGGGGCUGCUGUGAGGGGGCCGCGGGCGAGCAGGCAGCCCGGAGCCCCCGUGCCGAAGGCGGGUGCUGGCAGGUGAAAUCCCUCUCCCGUGAGCAGCGGUGUCUGGAGCUGGGGGUGCUCGGAGCUGGAGCCGCUGCCUUGAGUCCUCGUGGUGUUACGGUUUAGUGUUUGAAAGAGACGUUGGUAACUGAUUAGGCACGCUGUAGUCAUGUCAGGAUCAGGAUCGGCCCCAGAGGAGCCUCAGACCUCCACUCCUCCCAGCACGGCCAGUGUUCCCGAGCCCGCUCCGGCUGCUGGCGGACCUGGAGGCCCAAGUGACGUUUCCUUUGGUGAGCAAAACCUUAGCUUCGCCACCACAGACCUCAGCCUGGUGGAGAUGACGGAAAUAGAGUACACCCAGCUCCAGCACAUACUUUACUCACACGUGGAGGCACAAGCUGCUGAAGGUGAAGUAGAAGCUAGGGUCAGUUCUGCUUUCUUAGCUGGCAGCUCCGCAGAUCCCCCUCUGCACCAGGCCUCAGUGAAUGCCAGUCAGGACGGGUGUUCCUCAAACAGCGAUGGGAGCCAGUUGGUUUUCCCGGUUAUCUGCCAGUCAGCAUUACCUCCCGACAGCAAUUUGCCAAGUUCAAACCCGUGUGUGGGCCACGUUGACUUCCAGGAGCUCAGAAUGAUGUUACUUAGUGAGUCCAACCCCCCUGCAAACCAAGCAGAUAAAACACCCAAGGGUAGCUCUGUAGAAGUCCCAGGACACGGUUUAGUAAAGGUUAAACAUGGUGACAGUUCUGUUGGGACGAAUAAAGAAAACAUUCCUGCCGAAAAUUCGGCACUGGCAUCAGAGUCUAGAUCUAAAUCUGCAGUCAGAGUUCGAUUGGAAGACAGAUUCAACAGCAUCCAGACAGAAAACCCCAGAUGUCAAGAACCCCAAGAAUCUGGAGUAACUCUUAACAAUUUAGUAACAUUGAUUCGACAGCCAUCAGAACUGAUAGGUGUUCCUCUUCAUCAGCAUCAAAACAAGUGUGCUACAUUGGUGAAAAAUACGACCGUACCUACCACAGCUUCUUUACAGUUCACAUAUCCAUUGUUUACUAUGAACACGUGUUCUGCUUCUGGGAGUGCUAAUCCUUCACAAGCACAGACCUCUGGAACAUCUUGCACUAUCUUAGAAGGUGCCAAACAUCAGGACCUUGGGAUACCCAGAACGUUUUCUUUCUGUUAUCAUCAGGAAAUUGAAUCCACGAAGCAGACAGUAGGUGCUAUGAAUAAAGCUUUGCCUGAGGAAGUUUGGAUUAAAGUUGGAGACACGUUAUGCAAGCAAGCAAUAAGCAAAAGAAGUUGCAGCCGAGUAAGCCCAUUGGAAGCAAAUGCAGAUCGCAAACCUCUUAGUGACAUUCAAAAUAUGUGUGAUAGCCAGAGCACUGCGCCUGCCCAGGGUUCUUGGCAGUCAGCACAGUCCAAUCCAAGUGUGCAGGUGCAGAGUGGUACACAGGAAGGAGUUGCUCAGCGAAGAGAAAGACAUAACCGCAUGGAGAGAGACAGAAGGCGCAGAAUCCGGAUUUGUUGUGAUGAACUGAAUCUGCUGGUUCCCUUCUGUACUGCUGAUACCGAUAAAGCAACAACAUUACAAUGGACUACGGCAUUUCUGAAGUACAUUCAGGAAAAGCACGGCGAUUCGCUGAAACAGGAAUUUGAGACUGUGUUCUGUGGUAAAACAGGCAGGAGACUAAAAAUAGCAAGUUCAGACUCAUUUAUAACGUGUCCACUGCAGGAAAACACGCAUGGCUAUGGAGACCAAGUAGCUUGAACUGACUGCCUUGAACUGUACG